UCACGUUAGUCUGAGAGAGCAUUCAAUUUGACAAGAGGCAGAACGGCACAUGAUCGGAGGAGAUACUCCACAUUGCUAACGCUCAUUUACUGUUUCUUUUCUCUUUUUUUCUCCCCCUCUCCCCUUGUCUCCCUCUCUCUCUCUUUUCUCUCUUUACUUGUUUUUCCUUGCACUCUGACCAGCCCCUUCACAGCAGAGUUCAGAAUUGCACUACAAUGUCUGGGGUGGCUUCUCUGCAGUAAGCACACAAAGGUUAUGCUGCCCAAAAGCUGUUUGAGUCCCAGCGAGAAAGAGAAGGGCUAAAGCCAUACGAGUCAGAACCAGCUUCCCAGCGCCUGUCCAGCAGUAACGCCACUGCAGAGCCAUGAGCAACAACAGCACAUCCAAGGAGAUUACAAAUGCUCUUGCAUCAGUGAUUCAGGGCCCAGAGGCUCCUGCUACCUCAUCUUCACAAAAACGUUCACGUCCAGAGGAUGAGGAUGAUGGGGACCUGAAUAAAGCUCUGAGUGUCCCGCGCUUCCAGCAGAUCCUCCACCCGGCUGCCGCCGUCCCCGACGAGCAGCACCACACUUACCACGAGGAGGACAUCGAAUACCACCGCCACUCCUCUCGGCACACCCACCGGCCUCUGUCCAAACUCCCCUCCGAGGGCCGCCGGAAGAAGAGCAGCAAGAAAAAGAGAAAAGAGAAAGAUCGCAAAAGCAGCCUCACUCCCUCCGGCGACCCGAUAGAGGAGGGAGAAGAUGAAGAGGAAGAGGAAGAUGGAGCAGAAGCACCUUCUGUUCAGUCUGAGUCGGACAGAUCUAAAGAUGUGGAAUUCUUUGUGUCUGAUGAAGACCAAGCGGCCAAACAUGGCAGAGACAGCCCACACUCGACCCGGGAGCGGAUGGCGUCUCAGUCGUCUGAGGGAGCAGAUGCUGAAGAUGCAUCUUCCCCCGAUAAACCGUCUUCGCCCUCCACUGCCAGCCCUCCACCCCAAUCAGCUUCAGCUCCGGCCUCAACUGAACACGUACCGCUGACGAGAGUCUCCUCUGCCAGCCGCAGCUACGACCUGCAAGAGCGCCGGCGCACGGGCAACAUGACGGGCGCGGAGCAGGCCAAGUACCAGCGCAUCCCCACGGACGAGAGCGAAGCCCUGACGCUGGCCUCCGCUGACCUGGAUGGGAUCAAGAGUCAUCGUUUCGAGGAUGUUCCUGGCGUGCGCAGGCACCUCGUUAGAAAGAGCACCAAAGGACAAGUGGUGCACAUUGGCAAAGACCACAAAGAGCCGACAACUCGCAGUCGAAAGCAUGACCGCACGCCACAUGAGUCAUUACCGGUGGUUGUGUACCGCUCGCCUUCACGUCAGGAGGGCAUCCUGCUGAACAUGGGCUCCAGACAAAUGGAUCGGUACCAGAAGGUGUUUGUGGAGCUGAACGAGCUGACCAUGGACAAAAACCAGGAGAUGCAGUGGAAGGAGACCGCUCGCUGGAUAAAGUUUGAGGAGGACGUAGAGGAGGAGACGGACCGUUGGGGGAAGCCUCACGUGGCUUCGCUGUCUUUUCGCAGUCUGCUGGAGCUCAGAAAGACCAUCUCCCAUGGCGCAGUGCUGCUGGACCUGGACCAGAAAACCCUGCCUGGUAUUGCCCACCAGGUGGUGGAGCAGAUGAUCAUUUCCGACCAGAUCAAAGCUGAGGACCGGGCCAACGUCCUGAGAGCCCUGCUGCUUAAACACAGUCACCCGAGUGAUGAGAAGGAGCACACUAGCCACUUUCCCAGGAACAUUUCCGCAGCCAGCCUGGGCAGUCUGAUGGCGCACCACCAUAACGCCAACCACAGCCAUCUGCCGGAGCCGUCGGUGACCGAUCCACUCAUGGGAACCAUCAACUCCACAGGGGACACAGACACGCGCAUCGACAUUGACAAAAACGACCUACAGAAGGAGCCGACGCUGGGUCUCGGCAUGCAUCGGUCCAAGUCCAAGCAUGAGCUGAAGCUGCUGGAGAAGAUCCCUGAGAACGCUGAGGCCACGGUGGUCCUUGUCGGCAGCGUGGACUUCCUGGAGCAGCCCACCAUGGCGUUUGUGAGGCUACAGGAGGCCGUAGAGCUGGAGUCUGUCCUGGAAGUCCCUAUUCCUGUGAGGUUCCUCUUUGUUCUGCUGGGACCGCCAACAAGUAGCAUGGACUACCACCAGAUAGGGCGCUCCAUCUCCACCCUGAUGUCUGACAAGCAAUUUCACGAGGCAGCUUAUCUAGCGGACGACAGGCAUGACCUGCUGAACGCCAUCAACAGCUUCCUGGACUGCAGCAUCGUGCUGCCGCCCUCGGAGAUGGGAGACGACGAGCUGCUGCGCUCCGUCGCGCGGUUCCAGAGGGAGAUGCUGCGCAAGAGGGAGGAACUGGAGGUCCGGCUGCUGCACAAAGAGCCUAAAAGCUUCGAGGAAAAGGAGGCGCUCCUCAUACCUUUGAAGAAGUUGGACGACCCCUUACAGCGCACUGGACGACCGUUUGGUGGGCUGAUUCGGGACGUGCAGCGUCGAUACCCCAAAUACGUCAGCGACUUCAAGGACGCCCUGAACAGUCAGUGCAUGGCUGCAGUCAUCUUCAUCUACUUCGCAGCGCUCUCUCCGGCUAUAACGUUCGGAGGUCUGCUGGGUGAGAAGACGGAAGGUCUGAUCGGCGUCUCUGAGCUGAUCGUGUCGACGGCGGUGCAGGGAAUCCUCUUCUGCUUGCUCGGAGCUCAGCCGCUGCUGGUUGUGGGUUUCUCCGGACCUCUACUGGUGUUCGAAGAGGCUUUUUACAGCUUCUGCAAAGCAAACCAAAUAGAGUACCUGACGGGCCGCGUCUGGAUCGGAUUCUGGCUCAUAAUCAUCGUGGUGGUCACCGUGGCGUUCGAGGGCAGCUUCCUGGUGCGCUUCGUCUCCCGCUUCACGCAGGAAAUCUUCUCCUUCCUCAUCUCCCUCAUCUUCAUCUGCGAGACCUUCAUCAAGCUUGGCAGGAUUUUCAAAGAUCACCCACUGAAACGUUGCUCAUUGAGCAAUGGCACCGAGGGAAACUCCUCGAUAGAAAACGGCACCUUUGCGUCCAGCAACGGCAGCAGCUCCCUGCCUGUGACGGUCACAGGGGAGCCCAACACUGCCCUGCUGUCGCUGGUCCUCAUGGCGGGGACAUUUUUCAUCGCUUUCUACCUACGCAAGUUCAAGAACAGCGCCUUCUUUCCCGGAAGGUUCCGCAGGAUUAUUGGAGACUUUGGAGUACCUAUUGCCAUCCUCAUCACGGUUUUGAUGGAUUACGGCAUAGAGGACACGUACACACAGAAACUGAGCGUACCCAGCGGGUUUUCUGUGACGAGUCCCGACAAACGAGGCUGGAUCAUCAGUCCUCUGGGCUUGAAGACAGAGUUCCCCAUCUGGAUGAUGUUUGCCUGCUGUUUGCCCGCGUUGCUGGUUUUCAUUCUCAUCUUCAUGGAGACUCAGAUCACAACUCUCAUCGUCAGUAAAAAGGAGCGGAUGUUGGUGAAGGGUUCAGGUUUCCACCUGGACCUGCUUCUCAUCGUGGUCCUGGGAGGAACAUCAGCGCUGUUCGGCCUCCCCUGGAUGGCGGCCGCUACUGUUCGCUCGGUUACCCACGUCAACGCCCUCACUGUCAUGAGUAAGGCCGUUGCCCCCGGAGAUAAGCCUCGUAUCCAAGAAGUGAAGGAGCAGAGGGUCACCGGGCUCCUGGUCUCUAUCCUGGUUGGCAUGUCCAUCGUGAUAGGAGACCUGCUGCGUCAGAUCCCCCUCGCUGUGCUGUUUGGUAUCUUCCUCUACAUGGGAGUGAUGUCGCUCAAUGGCAUCCAGCUAACGGAGCGGAUGAUGCUGCUCCUCAUGCCACCAAAGUACCACCCCGACCACACCUACGUCCGCAAGGUUCGUACACUGCGCAUGCAUCUCUUCACCUGCAUUCAGGUGGUGUCUUUGGCCAUACUGUGGGCAGUUAUGUCAACACAAGCAUCUCUGGCUUUCCCCUUCGUCCUCAUCCUCACUGUACCCGUCAAAUGGUUCCUGCUGCCACGUAUCUUCACCGUCAGAGAGAUGGCAUGUCUGGAUGCAGAUGAUGCUGAGCCGAAGUUUGACGAGCGUGAGGGUCACGACGAGUACUCGGAGAUGCGCAUGCCCAUGUAACCCAAAGCAAGCCCUCCUUACCCUCGAACUCCUCUCAGCAGACGCCAAAAUCUGUCGAUCAAACCAAUGAGUUCUGAAGAAGAGACGUGAAAGUAAAGAGAGCUGGAGCUUGGGUCAAUCAUUACACUGUUCAAGUGGCUUUUGUGCUGGUUCACAGCAUUUUGUGGCUUUAAAGAAGAAAAUGAAGAGAUUAGCAUUCGCUCACUUAAGAUCUAGCUUCUUUGUUGUUGUUUUUUUUAUGUUUAUUUCAGGGGACAAGAGAUUCCAAAUCGAAUGAUGUGAUCUCGAGCUCGAAAUUUAAAAUGCGAUAACAGUAGAUUGUUUUGCACACCUGAUUAAUUUUUAGACCAGUAAUGUUGCUAAUAUUCUUGUUAUAUAUCUGGAAUAUAUAUGAUGCAUUCCUCAAAGUUAACAUGCUGAGUUAUAGUGCUAAUCAUAGUUGUCACUUUUCUUCCUUUCUUUUUCUUUUUUUAAGCUCACCAAGCGCCUUAUGAAGGAAACAAAAUAACAUACUAAGCUGUUUUUUUGUCCCACAUUCUGUCUCAUUUCAGACAGCUGAUCACUUUAAAUGCGAAGCUUGUAGCACUUUUUAAAAAUACCAAAUCAGAUCGAUGACUGUAUGUAAUCGUUUUAGCCUUGUAGUGUCCUCGUAAAUAUCGAGGGAGUUGUAGUCAGCUUCUUAAAUGAUCUGUGACUUGUUUUUAGCCUGCCCAUUUUUUUUCUUUUCUUUUUGUCUUUUUUGUACUUAAAUGCAGCAGCUUAAAUAAUACUCAGCCUUAUGUCGAAUCUUGUAGCUGCAGUUACACAAGAUCACCAGCAGAGGGAGAUCUUAGGACUGUUGUAAUAAUCCAAAAAUAAUUAUGGAAAUGCAGUUUUGUCUUCACACUAAUGACAUGAAAUCCUUUUUAUUUUCCCUGUAGAAAGUGACACGUACAUACUUUAUUAAUGUCUCCAUGCACAUGUUUAGGGCACUAUAAUACUACCGUGAGAUCUCACCUGGUGUUGUUGGAAAAUGGGGAAAAUGCUGUAAUUAGUGUUGUAUUUUAGUUGAGGUGCCAAAUGUCUAGUGUAAAUACUCUUGUGUGGUCAGAACAAUAAGCCUGCUUCAGGCAUAUCUCAUCUGUGCUGUUUUUGAAGGAGACUAAGUCUACACGUUUUCAUGGGACAACAUUCCACUUUUUACUUUUUUUUUUUGUUUUUUUUUUAUCAGAUAUCAAUUUAUUGUUUGAACUUUUCACAAUUAUAUCAACUUGAACAACCAAAUUCCACACGAGCUGUGUUGGCAGACUUGAUAAUCCAUACAUUGCUGAGGGAAGGCUGUUAAAAGUGUUUUGUUUUUGUUCUGUUUUUUCAUCAUGUUGCUCCAGUGUGACAUGGAUUGGUUAAAGUUUUGACUGUGUCAAAUGACUGAAAUUUUCUGUACUCUGUUACUCUCACACGUGCAUUUGAGUCACUUCCUUUCCCCCUGAGCAGUCCCGUCUCAGCCUGACUGAAAUUGUGAUCUUGUGCCUGUUUUAAUGUCAAAGUUGCACAAAAUCUCAAGUGCCUGUGGGACCAUGAAGUAAUCAGCUGCUGUGUCUGGUGUGUUUGAUAGGAUGACGCGUUAUAGUACUAUUGAGACACUCGUAAAUCAAACAUCUCUGAUUUAUUUAUCUUUUGCAACAUGUGACAUCAAUGCUGUUGUUUAAUGUGUAUUUUGAAGUCUACCACAGAAUUUUAAAUGUAAACACACUUGGCUGCACUAUAAUUGUGACAAUGAAGAAUGGUUGAUUGACGAGUUGAAAGUUAAGUCCAUUGUGUGUUUUGUCUCUGAUAAUCGUGCCUGUGAAGGUAGCCUGUGUAUCUCUAUAGUGUCAUUAACUGCUGAUAAUAUAUGUAGAUUAAUUUCAAAAGCAAUACAAAGUCCAAGAAGCUAUUGCUGACGUUCCCUUGUGUAUUAAGGGUUCAAAUAAUUGAAUUGUUAUGAAUAAAAGUUAUUUUCUAUUUUCCCUGUC